AAUGUAUUUUUUGAGUGCUAUAAUUCACAAACAAGACGUUGGCAUGUUCUUCCAAAUGUCUGUCUGUAAAGUGGAAUUUGCAGAACUUUUGCCAGCCGACUUGCCUUUCUAUUGGUUUCCUUCCUUCCUUCCCUCCCUCUCCCUGUUCUUGCAUCUGUCUGUUUUCCUAUUUCAAUUCCGCAUAAUCCAUCACCUGUGUCUCUGCCCGAUCCCCUGAUUUCACCUGUAUUCUUUUCCAAGCAAGGACGAAGUCCCCAUUUUGUUUAUUGUGCAAGAACGCCGGAAACUUGACGGAACGAGACGACGCCGGAGGCUGGGGAGCAAGUAUUCCAGUGAAUCUGGAGUGAGUCCCUUCGGAUCACACCUCAUAUCCGGCAUUGAAUCCAGACUCAUCAGCCUUGCCGCAUGGCAGCUGAUAUCUGUGACUCAGACCGUCGGUGCUGACAUUCUUUCGCUUCUUCUUUUCUUUCUCUGUCUCUCUCGUGGUAUGAGGCAGAGCAGCUGCGGAGUAGUUGGGAUACUAAACGAGAAUUGCCUAUCUUAAUUUUCUCCCCGUAGAUCUCUUCUCUCUCUCUUGAUUUUAGAAGAAAUGGGGAGGCCGGCAAGCAAGCGCCCUUCCAGGAAAUUCUUCAUUAUAUUCUCAUGCGCGGGGCUUCUUGCAGCAGCUUUCAUUGCAGAUGUAUUGUGGGCUUCAUCCUCUCAUUUUUCGUCUGCUUAUCUCUCGUUUGCCUCCAAUUGGGCUGCCGACAGUUCCGAGAAAAACCUAAUUGCCCCAAAGGUUGUGCGAAAACCAACUCAAAAGGAAGUGACUGUUAAAGAUAAAAAGGAUCCUGUCCUUAACAGAGUUUUAUCAGCGACUUUUGCUGAUUUACCUGCGCCAGAAGUGCAAUGGGAAAUAAUGGCACCUGCUCCUGUGCCACGUCUUGAUGGGGCAGCAAUACAGAUUAAAGAUCUUCUCUUUGUGUUUGCUGGAUAUGGCACCAUUGAUUAUGUGCAUUCUCACGUUGAUAUUUACAAUUUUACGGAUAAUAAAUGGGGAGGGAGGUUUGAUAUGCCAAAAGAAAUGGCCCAUUCACAUUUAGGAAUGGCAACUGAUGGGAGAUACAUCUAUGUAGUCACAGGACAAUAUGGUCCACAAUGUAGAGGGCCCACGGCACGCACAUUUGUUCUGGAUACUGAGACGAAAAAAUGGGGGGACCUGCCUCCUUUACCAUUCCCUAGAUAUGCACCGGCUACUCAACUUUGGAGAGGUAGACUCCAUGUGAUGGGUGGCAGCAAGGAGAAUCGACAUACACCGGCGGUCGACCAUUGGAGUCUUGCAGUGAAGAAUGGCAGAGCAUUAGAAAAGGAGUGGUGGGCUGAGAUACCUAUUCCCCGUGGAGGACCUCAUAGGGCUUGUGUUGUUGUCGAUGAUCGGCUGCUUGUUAUUGGUGGUCAAGAGGGUGAUUUUAUGGCAAAACCUGGAUCCCCUAUUUUUAAGUGUUCUCGUAGGAAUGAGGUUGUGUAUGGCAAUGUAUACAUGCUGGAUGAUGAGAUGAAGUGGAAAGAGUUACCUCCUAUGCCAAAGCCAGAUUCCCAUAUAGAAUUUGCUUGGGUAUUUGUGAACAACUCAAUCAUUAUUGUUGGAGGCACAACAGAUAAGCACCCUGUAACCAAAAAAAUGAUUCUGAAUGGUGAAGUGUUCAGGUUCAAUUUGGAUACACUGAAAUGGUCUCUGGUUGGAAAACUUCCUUACCGGGUGAAAACUACAUUAGUUGGAUUUUGGAAUGGCUGGUUGUAUUUCACCUCAGGGCAACGGGAUAGGGGACUCAAUGAUCCUGCUCCCAAGAAGGUCAUUAGAGAAAUGUGGAGAACAAAAUUGAGCCUGUGAUAAUAUUUUCAGUCAGUUCUUUUUAGCAUUUCUAACCAAUUGUUGGCAACAAUUUUUUAAUUCUUAUGUAUAAACCAUGCAUAUCUUUUUAUUAUUAUUAUUCUUUUUUGGAAGGGUCAGUCUUUGUGGUUUUCCAUCAUUAAUUUUGUGUUUCUGUUAAUAUAUAUAUUACUUGAAUUAGAGAAAUGGAACUGAGUGACAAUGACAUUUGUGAACGGAAGAAAAA